AUGAGUGAGCUCCGCGUUUACGUACAAAUCCGUACCUCGCCGCAACUAAUGAGAAACUUGAAACGUGCAAAAACCCCCUCGCGUAAGGACGAGACGAGCGCACAAAUACCUCCGGAGCAGGGUCCCGCACCGCGGGAUGGAGCCCACGGGAAGGAAGCCCACAGCGCGGGCACGGACGGGGGGGCUGCGCUCCCCACACAAAGUUCGCGGCCGCUGAGCCCGGUGACAGGAACCUCCUCGGGGCGGCUUUUCCGUCGGGGCUACCCCGCGGCCGGACAACCCCUCGCGUCCGAGCCGCGGAGGGGCACGGCCCCACAGAGCCCGGGGGGCGGCCGGUGCCACGCCGGCCCCACCGCCCCCCGCCCGGGACCCCGCCGCCGGGGCGCCUCCUCCGCCCGUCCCGUCCCGUCCGCGCCGUCCCGCCCGCCGCCCCCGCCCCGCGGCCCCCCCGCCCCGCGGCGCACACACGGCGGGGACGCUUCUGCACUUUCCGCCCACUCCCCCGUCCCCCCCGCGCCGGAUUUCUCCGGGAAUCACCCACGCACGACCCGCCCGCUCCUUCCGGCCGUGCCCCGCGGCGCCGGGGCCGCGCUGCCCUCGCCCCCGGCCGCCCCGCACGUACUCUGCAGUUGGCCGCCGCCGCCGGCUGCCCGGGGCUCCCCUCGGUGCCGUCCCGGGGCCGCAGACUCAGCCCCGCCGAAGUUCCUGCCCGCGCCCCCCCCGCCCAGGCUCCUCCUUUCCCAUCGACGGGGCGAGGGCUGCCGGCCGUGGGGCAGGGCGCUGGCAGGUGCCACACAGGGCCCCUCUGUGCGGCCCCGGCCCAGCCCACGCGGGCACGGCACGGACGGGUGGGCGGCUGGCGGGAGCUCUGUCUGCAUUGCACACCCCGACCCGGACCAGGCACGCUGCUCUCCAGCCUGCUGGCAAGUCCGUGCCCCAAAUCAGCGCUUGCCCAAUCCUAAAAUCACCCUGCAGGUGAAGCUGCCGCUGACUGCACGGAAGGGAUGCUGCCUGAGGAAAAAUACCUGUUGCCUGGAGGAACGAGCAGCACCUGCCCCUAGAGCCCCUCUGCAAAGCAGUGUGGGUCAGCCCAGCUUUUUCCUGAAACUGGAGUGA